AUGAUUAAUGAUUAUUUGAAUUAAGAUAUUACUAUUAAAAAAAAUCUUAAAAUCAAGUAUUAAUGUUUUGAUACAAAAUAAGAAAAUAAUGAUUAAGCUUCAUAAAAAGUAGCUCAAAAUACACAAAUUUAAGAUUUAGGUGAAGAAAAAAGGCUUUCAAAUACUUUGAAUUCUACUUUUAUAAAUAAUGGUUUAGAUUCAUUUGAUCAAGAAGGAUAAGCACAACUUGCAAUACCUACUGAUAUUGCUAAUUAUUAAUAAAUGAAUUAAUAAGACUCUGUUUAAGUUAUUAAACAAGGAGAUCUAAGCUAUGAGCUUAGAAUUUGGGAGAGAGAUGUUAUUAAGAAGGAUUUAGCUAGUACUUUAGAUUUAAAAUAUAAAAAUUAAGUAGAUUUAAUUUUGGAUAAGUUAUUAUAAAAAUAAUAUUACUUGGGGAAGUUUAUAGCAAAAGGUGGCUAAGGUGUAAUAUACGAGGGAAGUAAAUUAGAAAUAAAUAGAAGAUAUAGAGAUUUAGUUUUUAAGAUUUACUUUGAAGCUAAUAAAAAUGAAAUAGAUGAGGAAAUAAGCAUUAUGAAAUUAUUUUAAAAAAAUAUAAAUGUUGUAGAAUUAGUUGAUUAUAUUGAAAUUUAAUAAGAUAUUUAAGUUUUAAUUUUAGAAAAAUGUUAGUUCAGUCUAAAAAAUGAGCUUGAGCAGCUUGAAAAAAUGAUGAUAGAGUUUAAUAAAAAAAAAUUAUAUCAAAUGAUUUUUGAUUUAUUUGACGGGUUAAUCUAAUUUAGAAUGUAUAAUAUUUUGCAUUUAGAUAUCAAACCUGAUAAUAUACUUUUAUCUUCUUCUGGAAAUUAUUUAUUCACUGACUUUGGAAUUUCUUCUAUUAAAAAAAGUGAUGAUGCUCAAAUCAAGAUUAAAGGAUUUACUAAAAGGUUUGCUCCUAAGGAAUAACUUGAUCUUGACUCUAGAAUUAAUUUCAAAGCAGAUGUUUAUUCUCUCGGAUUAACUUUAAAAUAAAUCAUUUAAGUUUAUAAAACAGUCAACCCUGAAGAUAAGUUUGUUGAAUCUUUUUAAGAGAUUGUCGAUAAUAAAAUGAUUUAAAAUUUACAAUCUGAUAGGCAAAAUUGCUUAUAACUGCAUUAGUAAUUUUUUAAAUUAUUUCUUGAAUCAGAUUUUGUUGAAUUUGCUCAGUUAUAUCACAAAAAAAUACAACAAAUUUUUGAACUAAUUCCAUUUGAUAGUAAAAAAGAUAUUCCAUAUUUCUAGGAGUCACUAUUAUAUUAUAAUUAAUUAAAUUUAGAAUUAAUAAAUUACUUGAAUUAAAAGAAAUGCUACAUUAAUUCUCAAAUUUACCUUCAAGAAAAGGCUUAAGCUCUCAAUAACGUUGGCUUAUGCUACCAAGAUGUCGCAUAAUUCUAAAAAGCGAUGAUUUAUUUAAAGGAUUCUUUAAAGAUAAAAAAAUAAUUGACUUAAGCAAACCAUGAUAAAAUUUCAAUUGCAAGUACUCUCAGUAAUAUUGGUCUUUGCUAUAAAGAUUUAGGAUAAUAUACAAAAGCCUUAAAAUAUAUUGAAAAAUACUAUGAAGUAUCUAAAGAAUUUUUAAAAGGGGAUAAUAUUAUUUUAGCUAAAUCACUGAAUAAUUUAGGCUUGUGCUAUUUAGCAACAGGUAAUAGCUAAAAAGCUUUAAGUAAAUUAUUAGAGUCUUUAAAUAUUUUUCAGAAUAUUUUUAAAGGGACUAACUCUUAAGUAGCAAGCUCUUUAAAUAAUAUUGGAACGUGUUAUAAAGAGUUAGGAGAUUUUUAAAAUGCUUAAAUUUAUCUAGAGAAAUCAUUAAAAAUGUUUAGACAGAUCUUUUAAGAUACCAACCCUGAUGUUGCAACAUCCCUUAACAAUAUUGGCUUACUAUAUAAAGAUAUAGGUAAUUACUAAAUGGCUAUAAAAUACCUUUAAGAGUCUUAUGAAUUAAAAAAAAUGAUCUUUUCACCUAACCAUCCAGAAAUAUCAGUUUGUUUAAACAAUUUAGGAACUUGCUAUUAAAAUAUUUUUGAAAAAUAGAAAUCUUAUAAAUGUUUUAAAGAGUCAUAUAGAAUCAUUACUAGCAAUUUUGACGGAAAUCAUCCUUUGAUUGCUACAUCUCUUAACAAUUUAGGAAUGUAUUUUAAGAAUAUGGGUAAUUAUUAGCUUUCUUUAAAGUAUCUUUUAGAUUCUUUACAAAUGAGAAAGUAAAUUUAUUAAGAAAAUAAUUAAGAUAUUGCAAGUUCUUUAAAUAAUGUUGGCCUUUGCUACCUAAAUAUUGGCAAUAAUAAAUAGGCAUUAAAAUAUUAAUUUGAAUCACUCGUUAUGAGAAGAAAGCUGUUUCAUCAAAACCACCCUGAUACUGCCAGUUCUCUCUAUAAUAUUGGUUAUUGUUUCUAAAUUAUUGGUGAAAAUUAGAAAUCUCUGAAAUAUUUCUAAAAGUCUCUAAUUAUGAGAAAGCUUCUCUUUGGAAAAAACCAUCCAGCAGUCGCUAGCUCACUAAAUAGCUUGGGUUUAUUUUAUUUAAGAUAAGGUGAUCUUUAAAACUCAUUCAAAUAUUUAUAAAAAUCUUUGAAAAUUUACAGAAAAAUUUAUAAUGAAAAUCAUCCAGAUUUGUCAAAUGUUCUAAAUAAUAUUGGAAUUUACUUUAAAAUCAAAGGUGAUUACUAAAGUGCAUUAAAAUAUUUGAAUGAAUCAAUUAAUAUGUUAAAAUAAAUUUUCAACAAUAGCCAUCCUAACAUAUCAAAUGUAUAUAAUAAUAUUGGAAUAUGCUAUUUCGAACUUGGAGACUAUUAAAUUGCCUAAGAAAUGUUUCAAUUAUCUUAUAAAAUAAAACAAUUAAAUUUACAAGAUAGUGAUCUAGAUCCUACUGUAGCCAAUUACUUUAAUAACAUAGGUGUUUGCUAAUUAAAUCUUGGAAAUUUCGAAUUGGCAAUAGAUCAAUUAUAAAAGUCUCUUAAAAUUUAGAAGAUUUUAUCUUUAAAAAAUGAUAUCAAUAUUUCAAAUACACUUAACAAUAUUGGACUCUCAUUUUAAAAUAUUGGGAAUUAUGAAAAAGCCUUAGUUUACUUCUUAGAAUCUCUUGAAAUGAAAAAAUAAAUUUACAAAAAGCCUCACAUUGAAAUAGUUAACAAUUUAAACAAUAUUGGUUUAUGUUACAAAGAUCUUCACAAUAAGAAAAUGGCUUUAAAAUAUUUUUUGAAAAGUAAAGAAAUUUGUAAAAAAUAUUUCUAAAAUGAAAAAAAUCUUUAUAGUGCUAUAUGUCUAAAUAAUUUAGGUUUAUAUUAUAAAGAUUAAGGAGAUAAAAGUGCAAUUAAAUACUUUGAAGAAGCCUUAGAAUAGUUCAUUUCUAUAUUCAAGGGAAAAAAUCACCCAAUGAUUGCUAAUUGUAUGAAUAAUAUUGGGAUGGUUUAUCAUGAUUUAGAUGACAACCAAAAAGCAUAGGACUAUUUGCAAUAAUCUAUAAAAAUUUACAAACUAAGUUUAGUUGGAAAUUAAAUAGAUAUUUCUAUUUCACUAAGAAAUUAUGGACUGCACUUUUAAAAAAAUGAAAAUAAAAUAAAAGCUUUAAGGUAUUUACUUGAAUCGUAUGAAAUACUAAGAAAUAUUUUUAAAGAUAAAAAUCACCCAUUGAUAGCAAGUUAACUUAAUGAUUUGGGAAUGUGUUAUUUAGAUUUAGAAGAUUAUUAAAAAGCAGAGAAAUAUUUGCUUGAAUCAAUUAAUAUUAGUAAAAAAUUAUUUAAAUAAAAUAAUCCAUCAUUGAUUAAAUAUCUUUAAAAUAUUGGUGUAUAUUAUAACAUUAUGGGUAAUUAUUAGUUAGCACUUACCUAUCUCCAAGAAUCAAAUGAAAUGGCAAAAGAGUUUUAUAACGAAAUACACCCUAUUCUAGCUGAUUCAUAUAAUCAAUUGGGCAUAUGCUUUAGAGAUCUUGGUGACAUCCAAUCAGCCUUAGAGAAAUUUUAGGAAUCUCUAUAAAUUAGAUAAAAAAUAUAUCAUAAGGAUAAUUCUUUGAUUGCAGACUCUCUAAAUUUUAUUGGAUAAUGCUAUUGUGAUCUUAAUGAUGAGUAAAAUUCUAUAAUAUUUUUACAAAAAUCUCUUGAGAUAAGGAAAAUAAUUUAUAAAGAUAAUCACCCUGAUAUUGCUAGCUCUCUUAAUAAUUUAGGCCUUUGCUAUGCUGAUAUGGGUAAAGAUGAAAAGGCUUUAAAAUACCUCUAAGAAUCACUGAAAAUGAGAAGGAAAAUAUUUAAAGGCAAUCAUGAAAAAAUUGCUAAUUCACUUAAUUAUAUUGGUCUAAGCUAUUAGAAUAUGGAUGAGCAUGAAAAAGCACUUUAAUAUUUUGAAGAAUCGCUUUAGAUGAAAAGGAAAAUCCCAAAUAAAAAUCCAGUGUAAAUAUCAGAAAUACUAGAUAAUAUAGGAACUUGCUUUUUAAGUUUAGAAGACUAUGAAAAUGCAAUAAUGAACUUUUAAGAAUCUAUUGAGUUAAGAAAAAAGUUAAACAAAGAUUAUAAUAAAGAAAUUGGUAGUUGCUUUAAUAAUAUUGGUAUUUGUUAUUAAAAUUAAGGUGAAUACUAAAUAGCCAUCAAAAAUUUUGAAGAUUCACUAUAAUAUUUUAAUAAGACAACAAAUGAUAUUUAAUCUGAAUAUAUUUCAGAUUGUCUAAAUAAUAUAGGUUUGUGCUAUUAAGAUCUUGGUAAUUUUCAAAAGGCUCUAGAUUUUCAUUUAAAAUCACUUUAAAUGUCAAAAUAAAUUAACAAUGAAAGCUAGGAAGAUAUAAUUGUCUACCUAAGUAAUAUUGGAUUAUGCUAUGUGGAACUUGCUGAUUAUGAAAAUGCUCUAAAUUAUCUAGAACAGGCUCUUCUAUUGUAAAAAUAAAACUUGGAAGAAGAUGAUCCAGAAAUAGCAGAAACUCUAAAAAAUAUAGGUUAUUGCUUUGAAAAUAAAAGAGAAUAUGAACAAGCACUAAAUUAUUAUUAGCAGACUUUAGCAUUGCAAAAAAAAAUAUUUGGAGAAAAUCACUUGGAUGUUGCUUCUACAUUAAAUAAUAUUGGAAUUAUAUACAAAGAGAUGAAUAAUAAUAAAUAAGCUUUAGACUAUUUUUAAAAAUCACUAAAAGUAAGAAGAUAGCUAUUAAAAAAAAAUCAUAAAGAUAUUGCAGCUUCAUUAAACAAUAUUGGAAUGUCCUAUAAAGAUGAUGGUGAUUAUUAGUAGGCAUUAAAGUUUCUUUUAGAUUCAUUGGAAAUGAGGUAAAAAGUUUUUUAAGGAAAUAACAGUGAGAUUGCUACUUCUCUUAAUAACAUCGGAAUGUGUUACAAAGACAUUAGAGAUUAAAGUAAUUCAUAAAAAUACUUGUAAGAAUCUUUAGAAAUGAGGAAAAAGCUUUAUUCAGGAAAUCACUCUGAUAUAGCAAUUUCUCUUAAUAAUUUAGGACAAUGUUUUUUAGAAUUUGGAGAAAGUAGAAUUGCUUUAAGAUAUUUCUAAGAUUCCCUUGAAAUGAAAAAAUAAAUCUUCAAAAAUAAUCACCCAUCAGUUGCAAAAUCUCUUAAUUGUUUAGGACUGUGCUAUUAAAGUCUUAAUGAUUAUGAAUAAGCCCUGAAGUUUUUGCUAGAUUCUUUGAGAAUGAAGGAAUAAAUUUAUAAAAAUGACCAUCCAGAAAUUUAAGAAUCUCUGAAAAAUAUAAUAGCAUUAUAUAAUUGCCUAGGAGAUAGUGUAAAUUCUUAAAAGUAUUAAAAGCUACUUGAAACAAAAAAAUGA